AUGUCUGGUGAAGUUCUCUACUCCAGUGUCAAGUUCACUCGGAAACCAGGCCACCAAGCAGCUGCUAAACUGUGUGCAGGAAGGGAAGACUAUGUCACCUAUGCUACAGUGAAGUUUGCAGAAGCUCCAAACUCCCAGCAGCAGCAGCAGACAGACCCCAGCCGCACAGCGGUUUCUUUAGUAUACUGUGUACUGUAUCCUGAGCUGUGUUCUCUCUCCUCAGACCCCACCCCGCCUGUGAGUGCUGCUGGCAAGGCCUCUUCAUACAGACAGCCUGCACUGGUCCUCCUCAUCCUGUGCUGUCUCUUACUGGCUGCCAUCAUCUCCCUCGCUGUCUAUCAUUUCAGAACUAAAGAAGAUCCUGAGAAAUACACCAGCCUGUCCACAAAUUAUUCAUCAUUACUGAAUCAGCUCCAGGACUUGAGCAGUGACUACAGCAACCUCAACAGGAAUCAUUCUGAGCUACAGAGUAACUAUAGCAAGCUCUCUGGAUCUCAUUCUGAGCUGCAGAGUAACUAUAGCAGGCUCAAUGAAACUCAUUCUGAUCUGCAGAGUAACUAUAUCAAGCUAUCUGGAUCUCACUCUAAUCUGCAGAGUAACUAUAGCAGGCUCAAUGAAACUCAUUCUGAGCUGCAGAGUAACUAUAGCAGGCUCAAUGAAACUCAUUCUGAGCUGCAGAGUAACUAUAGCAGGCUCAAUGAAACUCAUUCUGAGCUGCAGAGUAACUAUAGCAGACUCCAAAAAGAAAAUUCAGCAUUGAAAAAGCACAGUACUGAGCUGUCUGUCAAAUCAAUCUUGGAUAAAUACUGUCCUCUCAAAGAAGGCUCUUCAAAGGAGCGGGUUUGUAAAGCCUGUCCAGAGAAGUGGGUGGAGUCCAAUGGAAAGUGCUACUACUUCUCACCUGAUAAAAUGAACUGGAACUCCAGCCGGGCUAGCUGUGUGUCAAUGGGAGCAGACCUGGUGAUUAUAGAGAGCGAGGCAGAGCAGAAAUUCUUAUUAGAGAAUGAUAAAAGCAAACCCCUAUUGGGGAAUGCUGAAAAGAAUUCUUACUGGAUCGGCCUGACGGAUGCUGCUACUGAAGGAACCUGGCUCUGGGUGGACGGCACUCCUCUCAAUGACAAGGCAAAAUAUUGGCACGGUAAUGAGCCUGAUGACUGGAAGGGAGAGGACUCGUCCGGGGAGGAUUGUGCACGUCUUGCAUACUUGACAAGCCCGGCAAAUUCUCUCAAAGCCUGGUUUGAUGCAUCGUGCACACGACAGCAACAUAGAAGGAUUUGUGAAACCACGGCAUUGAUAAAUAUAUAAAACCAGUGUGGGUCUGUUUCACUUUCUCUCUCUAUUUAGAUAGCAAGCAAGCUACAAAAUGAAUCCCACAAGUUACUUACAUUUCACUUUAUUAAACUAUAGUAUCUAAGUGUUUUUAUGAAAUAUAUAAAAAGUACAGUAAAAAAAUCAAACCAGAGCUUUUAUAAAGAGUUUGUGAUUCAAAUGCCAUUGUGAUUAUUGUUUUUAUAUUCCCCCUGACGUUUGCAAUCAUUUAUAAAAACAGAUCUAGAGAACAAUGAUAAUAACUCAGUAUUGGAGGAACAGAACAAUUACAAACAUCCCUUAGAAAAGCUUCCCAUAGUAAAAGCACAGCAAAGUGUAAUGAAGCACAGUGAAAGCAUGGGAAAGCAUAGGCAAGCAUUGUAAAGCACAGAGAGGUAUGCUAAAGCAUAUUAAACAUGGCAAGCCAGGGCAAGCUCUGGUAAAUGCAUAAUAUAACCAUGGGAAAAGUGCAAUAAUACCAUAUAAUAGUAAGGGAAGUGAAAAACACAGUGUAUGACUCACCCUGCACACCACACGGUCCAGCCUUUACCAGGUGAGCCACUCAGGGAUCCUUAAAGUGAAUAUUGAUAGGUAUGAAAGUUUAAUAAUGCUUUGCUUGCCUUUGUUUUGAGCACAUUUCAAUUUUUUUUUGGAUGUAUUGUUAAGUUUCUUUUUGUACGUUUGAAUAUUAAAAU